GACCAACACUUAUUUUUUUAUUGGUCAAUUGGGUCUUCGCGCGGCUUUUGUUUAAAAUUGUUUAUUAAUUAUGAGUUUAAAUGAACGUAUAGAGUCAUUCCGGACAUGGGCCACCAACAUGGGAUGCCCGCCCAAAUCGUUGCCCACUGAUCAGGCACUUAAAAACAUUCUUAAAUCGGGUCAAAGUCAUCUAUUUGAGCAACUCCAGGCACGUAUCCAGCCACAUCAUGUUGUCCAGCAAGUGCGUCAAAAUCUCCUUAUUGCUGAAGUGGCCAAGCACAAAGAUAAAUUGGUGCCAAUGGCCUCCAGGAGUUUUCUUCCCAUCAAGCUCCAAACCCAUUUGCGCAUGCAAGAGCUGCAACAGCGCAAGGAGAAGGCCGAUCGCGAAUUAACAGUGGUCAGAAAGGAAUACGAAGCACUUGCAGCCAGUAUUAAAAGCAAAAGCAUUCAAUGCACCAGUGCCAAGCACAAGCGUAACCAACUGGAGGCCAGGAAUAAUAUGUUGGAACUAAAACUGGAAUCAAUGAACAAAACCUAUGAAAAGGAAUUACGGAAUAAAACUCAAAUAUUGUCCACCAUACCAGUCAGUCUCAACUCAAGUAAUGGCAGUGAGAAGGAGGCCAUGAAGGCAGUGGAACUGGCCAUUAAAGAGCUGGAAAAGUAUUAUGAGAUUUGUGAUAAAGAUGGCAGUGCCAAUAUGCUGCUAGCCAAGCAAAAUUUAUGGAGCCAAAUGCGCAAUAUAUUUGCUGGCAUUCCACAUCCUGUGCUCUUCUCGUGUGUAAUGAAAAUCAAGGAGCAGCAGCUGCAGCAUGUGAUGGAGUUGAACAAAACGACACUGGAGCAUAACUCCUCCAUCAAUAAGACUCUAUCCAAGCCACGUCUAAAUAACUUUGAUAAGAAACUACUGAAAACGAAGGGAGAUCUGUUGGCCAUGGUCUGUAAAUAUUUGGCUGUCUGUACAGAGGUCAAUCAAUUGGAGGAACGAUUUGCCCAAGCCUAUGGCUCGUUUGUCGACGAGCUGCAGAGAAAGGUUAACGCUUUCAAUGGUCUAACCAGCGUAGAGGAUAUAGACAAUGCCGAAGAGAUAAUCUCUGAUUUUCUAGUUCAAUAUAAUAUGCGUAAUUUCAAUACUGCUCGAAAUGAUUAUCUAGCUGAAGAGAUUGAACGCUUGCGUCUGGAAUUGGAGACCGGAGCCAAGCAAUUGGAGAAUCAUGAGCUUCUCCUGGGCUCCAUUAAACAGGUCUAUGGUGAUAUCAAUACAUCGGUGAAUCGCAUCCAACAUGAAAUGCUGCAACUAUCACAGAUCAAGGGGAAAAUUCUCUAUUCGAAGAAUAUAAUGAAGAAUCGUCUGGAUGAUAUGCAGGCGGCUACACAAAAUCAAAAUGCAAAGUCUCAGUUGGUCAGCACCAAAUUGAAGGUCAACAAUAUGUCACUAAUGGGAAUGGAAAGUUUUACCUCGGCCAACGAUACAGUCUUUUGUAGCACCAAAUUGGAAUUCGAUGAUAAUACCAUUUUGGGCAGAAGCUACGCCGACACCACUGUGCUAGCAAUGGAAGCCCCCAAUAUGCCGUGUCAUCUCCUCGAGUUGAAUACGUUUGCCGAGACGCCAAUGGAUAGACUUAGCUGCAUACCAAAGUCAUGCUUAUAUAUGCUCUCAGCCAAUCCGCUCAUCGUUGAGGCCCAGGAAUUGGCAUCCACCGUUCAAUUGGCUCCGGGGCAUCUUCUCACUCCUUAUGGUGCUUUGCAGGAAGUCCGUAAACGCAUUUUGUGGGCGUCGGCAAUUGCCGCACACACGUCUGACUUGAAAUUCAAUUUGGAGCCCUUAAUUGUUGAUCCGCAUGAUUUGAAGUUAAAAUCGAGACGCCAGAAUGAUGAAAUAACCGAACUCUUGGACAAUAUGAAGGCCAUUGGCGCCAAGACCCAAUAUCAAGUGCAAAAAGUUGAGCGCCUCGCAAAAUUCAUUCAAGAUAAUCCCAUGAGGCGUUAUGUGCCGCCCACAAAGAGAUAUAAUAAUGCCUCAUUCAAUGAUUUUGAAUCGGAAUACACUCUAUAUUUGCGCAUGACGCCACAAGGAGCUAUUCGUAACUAGAGUUAAAAAUUAUAAACUAAGCAAAAAACAAAAAUUGAA